AUGGAAAGGAAAAACAAAUCAAAUAAUGCUCAUCAUAAGCGCUCUCUCGGCAAUAGGAGGGAAAAUACUCGUCGUAGACGAGAAAUAAAAAGAAAAUUGCGUAAAUUGGCGAAGGAUGAAGGAAGCAAACAAACAAACAACAUUUCGAAUGAUACCAUUGGCACUGGUUUAGCGAACGAGGUUAGGCAUACAAGCGGUGAAAAUCCUACACAUUUAGAAAACAUUAAAAAGCUAGAAGAGGAAAACAGUCGUCUGCACAAGCAUGCAGUGUACUUCCACUACCGAUGGAAAAAAAGCCAAGAGGAAACUAAGACGAAAUGCCAACCAAAAUUAAUAGAACUUGACAGAAAGCAUCUACAUGUAGAUGGAAAAGUCGGGGAAGGAACAUUUGGAAACUGUUUUUUGGCAAAGUAUGGAUCUCUCAAAGUGGCAGUCAAAGAAAUAAAGAGCGAAAGUUUAAACGAGAAAAUCACCAGAGAAGCUGAGAUACUACAUAGCCUACGUCAUCCUAAUCUCCCUUUGCUUCUCGGCGUCUGUUUCCAGAAAAGUCCUUUUCUCAUCAUUACAACCUACCACAGUGUCGAAACUGAAGACGCCUUACUAUCUACUACAAUGUGCACUGCCUUGUCUGAAAACAUUGUAAGUUCCGACCUUCGUCCACACUGGUUGGCCAUAUUGCACGACCUCUCUAUGGCCAUUUGUUAUAUUCACGAGAAGAAUAUAAUUCACAACGAUAUUAAGACGAAUAACGUGGUCAUAGAGAAGCACGGCAAAUGCUUUACUGCAGUUCUCAUUGACUUUGGCAAAGCAACUGCAGCUAACAAUGGCAAGAGCUACCCAGAAUUUGGCGAGAAGGAGCGAGAAAAGUAUGAGAGGAAGUACCCAUACUUGGCACCAGAACUUAAAUCAGGUGGAGGGAAACAAACAGUACGCACUGAUGUUUAUUCAUUUGGAUAUUUAAUGAAAGUCGUCAGCCACAGUCUCGAAAAUAGGGAACUAUCUUCACUUUAUCACUCGUGUAAGAACAUUUCAGAACUAAAUAGGCCAAAUAUGCAUGAGAUUGAGAAUUCAUUGGAAAAGCUUAAGUUAAGUAGGUAA